CACAUACACAGAAAUGUAUAUGUAAUGAAACUAGUGGCAGAAGCUGAAGUUGGUUGCAACAACAACGCUUCAUAUGUAUAGACAACAAACUGAAGUCAUAAAUCAAGCAACAACUGACCUCGUUGAUCCGUAUUGUUAAUACAUGUGGGUAAUAUACAUGAGGAAAACAAAAGUACUUCCGGGGCGUCGAGCAACUGCUCAUGUACUGUCACCGCCUCAAACUGAUAUGUUUAUUUAUACACAACACAGUCGUUAUAUCUUAGAGCUAAACGUGUGAAAUCAAGCAAGUACGAAUUUGUCCUCUGGCGUCCAUUUUCUGUUCAAAGCACGAUUUGGUUUGUCGAUAUGCUUUUAUUGUGAAAGUAAAGAACGCGUGUACCGGAAGUGCUUAUUGAUGCUAAUGUUUGUAGCACUUGGGAUACUUUCUUACAUGAACUAAGAUCAGUAAUUUCGUUGACCAGUCAUAAAAAUCCGAAACGCUAAAGUGUGAACGCUACAAGAACAAUUCAGCCAGUAUAACGUUACUUAAUAGUAAUGUUUGAAUUAGCUAUAAAUUGAUUAUUACUAGUGAAUGAUCCUGUUACAUCAUGGGGAAGAUGAGCUAGCUACCAUGAGGUGAACUCAGCGGUGAUGUCAAAUCUCUUAACCGCUCACCAACCUUAGCAGGCACUAAGUGACAUAUAGACAAAUGUGACAAUCCCUGUGUAAUUGUAGCUAAUGCCUGUCGUGAUGUCCGCCCUGUACCGAUGCGUCCUGUUAAACCGAGUUUCUACAUGUAAAAAACUAUCAGGUCUGACAUUUAGAAACUAUAAGGCGGCUCCUCCACAGUGGAGGACACCUGGGAGUUACUCACGCGCCGGGAGCACAGCCAUAACACCGACAACAACUCAACCAGGUGCUAUGGCUAAUAAGGCAGACAAGAUGAGUGUUUCCUGUUCAAGGUGUCUGUCGAGUCAAGCUUCAACUCAAGAUGGAAAAGCUGGAGUGAAGAGAGUUUCCAUCGAAGGAAACAUCGCUGUAGGAAAGUCAACUUUUGCAAGAAUCUUGCAGUCAGCCUGUUCAGACUGGGAGGUGAUGGCAGAACCUGUGAGCAAGUGGCAGAACAUCGAGAGUGGGACCUCAAAGGGGACAGAUGCCUCCCCCCAGACGACAGUCAGCAACCUGCUGCAGAUGAUGUACCAGGACCCUCAGCGCUGGUCGUACACUUUUCAGACGUAUUCGUGUAUGAGCCGGCUGAGGACGCAGCUGCAGCCUCCUCCUCCUUGCCUGCUCAGCUCAGAAGGGACACCUGUUCAGGUGUAUGAGCGCUCAGUCUACAGCGACAGAUACAUCUUUGCCCUGAACAUGUUUGAGUUGGGUUGUAUCAACCCUACAGAGUGGGCAGUUUACCAGGAUUGGCACUCUCUCCUGGUGGAGCAGUUUGGACACCAGGUGGAGCUGGAGGGCAUCAUCUACCUCACAGCCCCACCAGAGAAAUGUAUGGAGCGUCUAGAGCGCCGGGGAAGGCCAGAGGAGAAGGGAGUGAAACUGGACUAUCUGAAUAAGUUGCAUGUUCAACACGAGAGGUGGCUUGUUGAGAAAAGCACUGAAAUACACUUUGAGAAGUUAAAACAGAUACCUGUGUUGCAACUCGAUGCCAGCGUGGAGUUUCAGAGUGACCCAGAGGUGCAGGACCAAUUUAUUACAACGGUGAAGAACUUCUUCAAUGCUUUGUGAGAGGAGUUAACACCAGCUAACAUCAGUAAAAGUGGGAAACCAAUGAGACCAGCCAGACCUCAUUCAGUCGACCUCAACUGACUUAUAAAUACGAAGUAAUAUAAAACAGACUUCUCUUUUUAAUAAGCUGCUGCCUUCAUGAAACACACAGAUUGACUUUUGUCUGUUUAGAUUGUUACAUUUUUCUCAGCAUUUUGUUGUUUGCUUGUUUAUGUGUUAGUUUUCAGAGUCACCACAUAUUUAUAAAAGGUACUGUUUAUUCCACUUGAAACCUUAAAACUAUUUCUGUGAUUGAAACAUCCAUCAGUUAAGUAGUUUUAGAGCCUCUGUAAAUUAUAAACCAAAUCUGUGCUAUCACUACCAUGACCAUUUGGAAACACGGUUUACUGAACAUCACGUCAUCAGUUUUUGUGCAUGAUACUGAUUUAUACAUUCCUGACUGGCUGUAAUAAACAAAGACAAGUACUGUAUCUGUUCUUUAUUAAUAAAUAAAAACAUAAAAAAAAACA